AUUUUUUAAAACUCAGUAUAGUGUGAAACUAUUGUCAAAAUAAGACAUAACCCAAGUGUUGGUACUUUUGUAAAAUAUUUUUACAGGAAAAUGGUAGAGAUGAAAAAUCGGACCAGAACCGGGUCCGGAAUCGCAGAAGUUCGAGCACCGGAGAGGAUAGCGGGCCAUGCUGAGAGAUGUGAUGAUAAGAGGCAACAUAAUGACAAGGUCUUCACUCAGAAGUCACUUAACAGGCCACCCUUUGGCAAUCUUUCUAUAUUUCCAGCCGUAAUGCACAUAUCCAAAGAAGGCGCCAAGCGAUUACCACCGCCCAGCGAUAGCGUAGAAAGAAAAUACAUUGUCGAUUUAUUCAAGAACUGCUAUGAUGCCGGUGAUUUCCUAUCGCAGCUGCCAGUGCCCCGAGAUGGGGCAUUCGUUAUAUUUCACAUGCGCCCAAAUCUAUGAAAAACUCUCUAAUCUGCGAGAAAAAACCAGAUUCUAAAUUUUAAAUUUACAUAAACGUGUUUAACCCACCAUAGCAGUUAGCUUUUUGUCUUGUAACGAACCUAAAAGGGUUCCCGCG